AUUAGAUGAACAUGGCGCAGGGGAAGCAGGCCGUCGGUGGACUGUAAACAAGAGGAAAUUUCGGGAUUAGAUUGACAUCGUACCAUGCACGUGUGAAAUGGUCUCAAUCUCGAUAUACUGGACGACUCGUUCUGCUUCAUUGAUGACUACGAGGCGACAAAUUGAGUGCAACGCAUCACAUUGCAUUCAUAAACAUUUCUAUAGGACUUCAAACCCCUGAGCAUUCAUUGUUUUGGAUAUUUAAUCACACAAAAACCUUGCUUGAUUGUGGAUGCACGAGCAAAUGGCUGCAGUUGGGAAAGUCAAACGGAGUACGAGAGAUUUGCCUCGAGGCGUGGAGAGGUUGAAAGAUGAGCACAGGAAGGUGGUAAAAGAUUGCAGAAGUCAAAUUGAGCACUGGGAAAAAGUGGGAAAAGACUAUGAAUCUCUUCAAGAUCGCCUCAGGACCUUACCUGACAAGCUGUCUUAUGAUAUUAUGGUACCAUUUGGUCCCUUGGCUUUCAUGCCGGGGAAGUUAGUUCACACUAAUGAGGUAACGGUGCUCCUCGGGGAUAACUGGUUCGCAAAAUGUUCUGCCAAACAAGCCGACACACUUGUGGAACACAGAAAGAAACAUGUCGAAAAUGCACUAGACGACUUACAAAAAGUGAUAAAGAACUUUCAAAACAGAGCCGAUUUUACAGAUGACCUUAAAAAAUUGUCUGGCGAGACUGGAGAUUAUGUGGACAUAAGAGAAGAGGUAGUAAAUGAGGAGGAAAUUACCAAAGGAAAACAUCGCUUGGCCCACAAACCCAACUCUAAGCCAAAGCAGGAAUAUAUAUUGGAGCUGAAAGAUAACAAGGAGAAAGAAGAUGAAGAAGAAGAAGAUGAUGAUGACGAUGAAGAGAGAAAGGCAAAAGUGCUGUCAGAGGAGGAGCUGUGGGCUCGACUUGACGAACUAGAGAGACAGGAGGAAUUGCAGGACCAGAGAUUCCGAUUGGACAGCACAGACACUAAUGGAGAAGACACCACUUCCUCCUCAGAGGAAGAGAAGGAAGCAGAUGGUGGCAGUGAUGUCCAGGUUAAUGGCCAUCAGAAGGAAAAUGGCUGGAAAGCAUCAUCUCUCACAGCUCAGAUGAACGGCACUAAUGGCUCGCACCCUGAGGAGGAGGAGGAUGAUGAAGACUGUGAAGAGGAAACUGACAAUGGUCUUCCAACUAUCUACUUUUCUCACACUGUGGAAUUCAAAAAGGUAAGGAUAAACACAGGAAAGAACACCACCCUGAAGUUCAGCGAAAGAAAAGAACAAAAAGAGCAAGCCAAACAUAAAAAGAAAAGUGGCAAAAGCAGUGGCCACUCUCCUCUUGAAAGUUACAAGAUCACAAGCCCAGCAGACAUUUAUAGGGUGUUUGUGGACCUGGUGAAUGGAGAACCAAUACCUCGAAAGUCCAUUCUGAAGUCGCGCAGCCGUGAGAACAGUGUGUGCAGCGACACCAGCGAGAGCAGCACAGCAGACUUUGAAGAGCGGCGGGCAGCUUUUGGACGAUCAUGGAGCCAUGAUGACGCCACACACAGCGAUACCAGCGAUGGCAUUACAGAGGAGGACAGCCCGACUGGGACAAGUCCCCACAUGAACGGACGCUUUGAGGCUUUUACUGGCACAGUGAUUGAAAAGGAUCCCUUACCUUGCUCAAUCCCUCACCUGACCAUCGCCCCACCUGCCCUUCCCACAAUCCCAGAGAGAAAACUGGAGGAGGUGGUGCCAGAUGUGCCUCAAGAGCUCCCAAAAAGGAUGUCCAAAUUCAAAGCCACUCGUCUGCAUCACAAAUGAGAAUCACGUUCAUCAGGACUUCACUUAUGAAUUCGGUUUUGUACAACAUUAACACUUAUAUUAGACUUCUUCAAUUACUGUCCUCUGCCUCUUGUCCUUCACACUGCUUCUAUACUGUCAUCUGUCUCAUUGCUUUUAUAUGGUGACACACAGACUGUUUUUCCCCCGCAGUUUUCUUUUAAGGUCAGCAUGGACAGGCUGCACAUUUUGGUAUCUUUUUGAGUGUUGGUUUAGAUAAAUAAUAGCUACAAGUAGAAUGGAAAAAUGUAAAUGCUAAAAAAAAUCAACAAACAAAAUAGUAGUGUAAGUAACAUCAGGAUUACUGCCAUUGUUGUGAUGUGUGGAUUUGUUUUGGGAAAUACUUCAUUUCCCUUCUGUUAAUUUGUGAAAUUUAUGUGCAAUUUGACCUGUGUUGGCAAAGAAAUGCCUGUCAAUUUCUUUCAGCUUAAAAAAAAGAACUUUUUAUUCCUC